AUGAACAAGCAUUCGUCAAAUCAACUAUCACCUAGAAUUUUGCGAAACGUUUUACAUACUGCAUCAGCAACAAAUGCGGGAGCAGUAAAACAAAAUUAUCGUCGUGCAUCAACACAACAAAUCUCGACUACAAAUAAUUACAAAGUAUCAGCCGUCGACAAUGCCAAUGUAAAAUUGGAUAAUGGUCUACUGAAGCAAGCACCACGUCCAAAUUUAUUACAGUCAAAUUAUAGCAGACCAUCAAAAACAGCUGUUCAUCAAACAUCCAACCGACCAGUACAGCCUUAUCGCGGUUCAUUAACUCAGGCUCCCACAUACACUUCUCAAACAGACAACGAUAAUAAUUCCAAUGAUGUCCAAGCAGUUAGCCAUCAACAAUCAUCUGCUGCGGUACGCAGUACAAAAGUUCUAAAACGACAAAAUCUCGGUUCUACAUAUAACACUAAUCAAUUAGCUGAAGCAACAGCUUAUGCAAAUAAAAAUAACUUGUUAACUGAUGUAAUCAAUAAACCGGUAGUGCCUGUUCGUGCUGUAUUACCACAACGUCGUGCAGUUCUUCCACAAUCAUCCACACAUUCAUCCAAUGAACAAAUACCACCAACUAACGUUGAAACAAAUGAUACAAUACCGCGCAGUUCAUCAAGUUUGAGUCAAGGAAGAAAAAGUGCACUGCCGAUGCCUGUAGCAAAUCAAUUGAAACAGCCGAAUGUUACCUCUGUUUCACGCUACGCAUCUUCAAAUAUAAUUCCAUCCUCUCAAUCAUCAGAUAGUGUUGGCAAGUCUGAACCCUCUAUUCAACAUCAACAGGGAAAAAUACCGGAUAAUAUGUCACCAUCUCAAUCUUGGAACGAAGGAUGUUAUUAA